AUCUAAGUAUUGAGAAGCUGCGCGGGCGAAACGAGCGAUUCUGCGUCCAUUGGAUCCCAUUUCCCCAGACUCCAUUUCCCCGAUGCGGUGCUUGGCGACCCCGCCGUCAGCGGUCCGGGAGGUUGUGCGCACGCCAGCAUCCCUUUGGGCCAACACAUGUUACGACUCUGGCACUCAGAUCAUACACAGACUUCAGUCGCCAUUACUAUACGAGCCUCCUUUCCCCUCAGCUCUACGCCACAAAGGGCCACUACCUGCACACGCCUCCUCUCGUGCUCAGCAUAAUAACACCGUGCGUUGCGUCCCUUGUCACAUGAGUACAUGAUUCCCUUUGGGGCACGCCCCAUGGAUCGCAUGGCGGUCCGCUGGUUACGAGCUCCUACCAUCCAACCGCAGAAUGCGCGCAUGGGCCGAACAAAUUCACACAGACUCAAAUACGGGAACGUGUGCAUAGCAUACGCUCAUUUAUAUGUAUACACGUAUAUACAGUUGCUUGAAUGCUUGUUGCGAACGUGCGUGCGCUGCUGGAGCCUCUGCAUUAACUGUGCCUCCUGCGUGUCGGGCCACAAAGUUCGUUUGGCUUGAUCAAUAGUAUGUGCGUCGUUUAGGUUUAGGCUAUCUUGCAAGCAUGGCGGCCUCGCGCGAAGUUGGCGCAUGGCGGGCCUUUCUUGCCUUUGGCCUCCUCCUCGUGGCAAUCAAGUCAAAUGCUCAGACAUGGUUUGACGACCGAGAUGCUGCCGUUAUCUGCAAGACGCUUGGCCUGCCCACCAGUCGCGCCAAAGCUGUAUUCAAGGCCUGGAACGUGUACACGCGCGGCGGGCCAUGGGAGAACGGCAAGCCCGCGUCUGCCGAGGAAAUCGUGGCCUACCUCAACUCUGUGGACCCACCCAUCGCCAUGACAAACCUGCGCUGCCGGGGUGACGAGGCGAGCAUCACCGCGUGCGAGCGUGACGUCACCAACCUUGGCACAUGCACCCGGGCGCAGUCCGUUGGCGUGCAGUGCUUCGAGAACGACUACGCGGUCCGCCUGGUCAACAGCGGCAGCAACCCCUACUUGGGCAACAGCCUCAGGGGAGGCUGGGUCCAAGUCUGGAUGGGAUCCGGGUGGUCGUACGUGUCCGCCGCCAGCUUUGACGUCCGUGACGCCUACGUGGUGUGCAAGCAGCUCAAGAUGCCCUUCGGAGGCGCGCGGGUGUUCAGGGGCGUGGUCGAAGGGACAGCCUUGUUCGGCCCUGCCAACCUCACCUCCAGCACCCGGACCCUGCUGCCUGGUCUUCAGUGCACCGGAUCGGAGGCAUCCCUGGGCGAGUGUCCCAUUGACCCCGCCGCCGUUGACGCCGCAAAUGACCCGACGGCGCCGCCACAGGGUGGAGCGUCUAUGCUCUGUGAAGAUGCCGAAUUUGACGUGCGCCUGCGUGGCGGCACUCACGUUUCGGAAGGCCGCGUGGAGGUGUACUCUAAGUACGGCGUCUGGCAGACAGUCUGCUGGUCCACCUUCGACGCCUCGGCGCUGGAUGUGGUCUGUCGCCAGCUUGGAUUCCAGACCACUCCGCUCAACCCACCGUCUUACUUAAACUUCUCCUCCUCGGGCAUCCCGGACGCCCGCCCUGCUGCCGGCAUCAGCUCUAUCAUGAACUGCCCACCCGGUGCCAACGCCAUCAGCCAGUGCGGCAACCUGACCAGCUAUGCCGCGAUCAACUCGUACACCUCGUUCCCACUUGGCUGCACUGCAGCCCUUGAUGUGGUCAUUAAGUGCUACCAGCGCAACCCUCUGUACACCCAAGUCGAGUACCGUUCAAUCUGCACGGACCCGUGGAGCACCCAGGCGGGCCUGUCGCCUGAGGCCGGGGUCACGGCAAUGCUGGUUGGAGAGUUUGAUGACCAGUCCCAGGGCGAGCGGUCGCAGGACGUACUGCUGCUCAAGUAUGGGAGCGACGGCAAGCUCAUCGGGCACGCGGCGUUCGGUCGGCCCUGGGCGUCCACCUUCUCCGCUGAGGCCGACAUCGACUUUGGCAGUACGCCCAAGCCCGAGGUCCUCCUGCUUGCCGACAUGACUGGAGACGGCCGCGACGACCUGGUGGUCAUGACCUCGAGCCAAGUGCAGCUUUCCUGCCGGCUUUCCGCUUUUAUGCCAAUUGUUGCGGUGGCCAGCGGUGCGCGCACCUUCACGCAGCUGUCCCCCUGGCUAGACCUUGCUGGGUCUCCCUUCUACAUCGACACGUCAAACACCACCACCCGCGCCUACAUCGUGACGGACGUGACGGACGAUCGCGCGGCCGACCUCGUGUUUUUCGACCAGCCCUCUCUCAGGCUGGGGCUCAUGCCCAGCAACCGUGUCAACAAGCUGCUAGAUGACACGGACGGUGAUGGCACGACCUGGUUCGAGCUGUCCACGGUGUCUGGCCGCUGCGCCUCUCUGGGAGAGGACUGCUUCCUCCUCACCACCGACUACAACCGGGAUGGACUCAACGACGUGGCCGUGGUGUAUUUGGACCGGGUGACAGACACCGAGGAGUUCUACCUGACCAUGGUGGCCACGUCCCCGCCCGCCCCUCUCACCUGGCACCUGUCCGCUGCCGCCAUCUUCCCGCGUGGAGCCUGCACUAGCCCCAUGGCAGUGGCUCUGGGACAAUUCGUGGGCGCCGACGGCUCCAUGGAUGGCACCAUCUCCGGCACAGUCAACCCGCAGCUGGUCUGCCUCAGCAGCUACGACCAGCGCAUCUACAUCGGAGGACUGGGCGUGUGGGGCUCGCUGCCCGGCCCCGUCACGUCCCUGCAUGUGCGGGAUGUUGAUGUGGACGGUCGCGAUGACCUGCUAAUCUUCACAGAGGUCGGUUCCUUCUAUCUCAUCUCCACGGGUGCCGCCUUCGAGCCGGCCCUGUCUACCGCUGCCUUCCUGUCCCCUGCGUCCGUCAGUCUGGCAGUGCCGAACACACCCAGCCUGGGCCAGACCGACCAGACUGCUUCGACGGCGGUGGCCUCUGCCGAUGUGGUGGCCGCGGCCCCUGUGGAGCACCGCUGCGGCCCUCCCCGCCGUUUGGUCGCGUACUUCACCAACCGCCGCCCUGACAAAUCUCCUGCCUGCGUGGCCAGUGUGGCUGACGUGGUUGCUACGCCUCUGCAGCGUGCCACCGCAGCCACUCACCUGAUCUUUGCACACGUGCGCCCCAAUGCCGAGACUCUCGGCAUUGACUUGAUCAACGACCGUGACGGGCCCGUGCUUGCGAACCUGGACGGGAACCUGUUGGCCGUAAACCCGGACAUUAAGGUGCUGGUGUCGGUGGGCGGCCCCGGCGGCAAUGACGCCGAGUUUACGCGCCUGGUGCUGAACCAGCAGUCCGUCACUGGAUUUGCCAACGCCACGCUGGCUUUUCUGAACACCUACAACCUGGAUGGGCUGGAGCUGAGCUGGCCCUCACUGCAGGCUGAGCAGGUGUUUGGCUUCACGGCCCUCGUCGAGCUCCUGUCCUCCUCCCUGAGGCCCGCCGGCAAGCUGCUGUCUCUGGCCGUGCCGCCGCGCGAGGUUUACCUGAGCCUGGCCUGGGGCCGCCUGGGCUCCUUGGUGGACAUGAUAAACUUCCAGGGCUUCGACCUUGAGGGUGAUGAAGUGCUGGGCGCGGCUCCAUAUGUCGAGACGCCACUGUUUGAUUGCCUCGAGGCCGAGGGCCUGUCAGUGAACACCCUUAUUGACUUGAUCCUGGCCGCGGGCGCGCCCCCCCAGCUGGUCAAUGUGGUUGCUUCCUCUAUGGGCCGCUCCUUUGUGCUAGACGGGGAUGGCUACGUGGGAGGCCCCGGCAGUCCCGGCCCCUGCAUGGGAUUGGAGGGGCUGCUGGACCAGUCCGAGAUCAAGCUGCUGCUGCCGCCUGGCGCUGCCAAGCUGGACCCAGAGGCCCUGGCCAACACGGGGCCAUAUGCCAGCAACCAGUUUGCGCACUGGGAGGACGGUUACACCAUUGUGAACAAGUUCUGCUUCGCGCGCGCCCACUGUCUGGGCGGCGUGGGUGUUUGGGAUGUGGAUGGAGACAGCUAUGGCGAGUUGCUGGCGGCGGUGACGCGCACGAUGCAGGGCGACCCGGCGGUGUGCGAGGCAUACUCGCCACCCGAGUGCACCAACGCGGUGUCGACCCGGGGCUCUGAGGACCUGGGCUCACCCGAGCUCGUGGCCACACUGGGCGAUGCCGAGUACCUGCUCUAUCAGGUCCGCAAAACCUGGACCGAUGCACGUGAUCACUGCCAGCAAAUUGGUGGCGACCUGGUGUCUGUGACGUCUCGCGGCGAGGCGGGUGUGGUGUACAGCCUCAUCAGCAGCUGGGCCAGCAGCGGGCAGCUGGGGCAGGAUGACAUCUACAGUGGCCGAGACGUCUACUUGUGGCUGGGUGGCACCGAUGCCGCUCAAGAGGGCCGCUUCGUGUGGGCUGCCACUGGUGCCGAGCUCACCUACACUGCAUGGGCCGGUGGCCAGCCUGACAGCCGGUACGGCAGCGAGGAUUGCCUGGCUGCCAGCGUGCGGCUGGGGGGCAGCGGCGGCGCGGGCCUGCGCGAGGUGCUAUCUCCUGAGGCGCUGUGGAACGACCUUGGCUGCAGCGCUGUGCUGCCCUUCGUGUGCCAGCGCAACCGCGACCUGGCCAGGUCGUUCCUGCAGGGCGCCAAGGAGGUGCCCUGGCUCACCGCCACCUAUCACGUCAUGGCGCCUGUGCCCGGCAGCGGCGACCCAGGCCUGAUGCUGACUCAGCCCGAGGCCAACAAGCUGUGCCGCACCAUGGGAGGCGAGCUGCCCACCUUGACCGACCCCUGGGUCCGCGAGGACCUGACCAGCCAGUACCACCGCGACCUGCCGUCCCACACCUGGCUGGGCCUGAGGAGCUACGGAGAUGGCCAGCUGUUUUGGAAUGACGGUACCUUCACCACUGACGGCAUGCUGAAUGCCUGGGAGCCUGGCGAAUUCGGCGAUGCGGCUUGUGGUCUUAUCAUUGGACCGAAUGGUGCCAACGUUACUGUCUCGGUUGGUGCGCUCUACAGCUUCUGGAAUGCGACAGCCUUCCAGGGAGCCAUUCGUGUGGCCUCACCGCCUCCGCCUCCACCCUCGCCACCUUCACCGGCGCCACCUGGACCUACACCGCCACGCCCUCCACCGCGCCCCGCCAACGUGACCCCUCCCGCGCCGCCGCCGAGCAUUCCCAGCGCUCCUUUCCCCCCUGAUUUCGACACAGUACUAAUCUACAACCUCAGUACCUACUUCACCGAUGAGCCAGAGCUGGUCACCGUGUUCCUGCCCCAGGGCGUCUACUCGCUGAGCUGCAACGAGCGCAUGCCCACCACCUGCCAGACGGGUGCGCCCACUGUGUCACUCAACCCCAACUUCUACUGCCUGAGCCGCGCCAACGGCCGCUCCUACGUGGUGCCCGGAAAGGAGCUGACCGGCAUGCCCCUCUACCUCACCACGGAGCGGUCCUGCGCCUCGGCAUGUAUGCUCAACAUCCGGUGCGUCUACUACACGUGGCUCCCCCGCUUCCGUGCGUCCUUCCUUCCCUCCGACGAGAUGCUGGGCCGCCCCAACCAGCUGCCCGGCCAGGGCUCCUGCUACCUCAUGGGUCGGCCCUGGGCGUCCAACGCCGACCGCCUGCCCAAGCUGCUGUCCGAAAUCACAGACAACGACCGGGUGUGCUUCCGUAGCGGUGCCGUGUUUGGGGGCGACAGCAUCCCUGUGAACGACACGUCCUUGAUCCAGCCACCCGCAUCCAUCGGCCGCCUGCAUGGCAACCCCACGCCCACCACACCCACGCCCGCCGCCCCGCCGCCGUCAGCCCCCUUCUCGCUGCUCUGCGGUGGUGACGGCAGCGCAGCCCCGCUGCUGAGCUCGCUGACGUUCCUGGUCGACAACGCCACACGCGGCAUCCAGGACGUGGGCACGACCUGCGCUGGCACCUAUACCGCUGGUGUGAUCGGUUACCUGUCUGCCGAGGGCUACGAGAUGCGGCUGCGGCAGCUGCAGCGGCCCAUCAUCCAGUCCUACACCGCCCGUUGCGGCCCCGGCGGCGUGACCGGCUUGUUGGGCAGCUACGACAACCGCGGCAUGUGCCAGGUGUCGCUGAUGUGCACUGGCGGUGGCGUGGAGCCGGUGCUGCCACCCGGCGCCAGCCGCAACUGCAGCAUCGGCGCCUCUGCCUUUGACUUCGAGUGCCCCCGCGGCCACUACGCAGUGGGACUGCAGGGCGUGUUCCUGAACCCAGCCACUUACACCGCCGCGGACAACAUCCUCGCGACAUUGCGGAUGGUGUGCGCGGCCGUGCCGGUUGCCCAGGUUGCGCCACCGCCGCCCUCGCCUCCCAACCCGCCGCCUCCGCCGCCUCCCGCCCAGCGCCGCCGCCGCGCGGCACUGGAGUCCUCCGCCGCCUGGCGCCGCUCCGCUGCGGCCGCCAUGGCUUCUGCCGGCCGCAGCAGCAAGGACGGACAGUCGGCAGCUUCCGGUAGCUUCUUCGAGGAGGCGCUGUCAAACCAGCAGGGCCGCAGGCUGCAGCAGAUCCUGCCGCCCUCGCCGUCACCGCCCUCCCCCAAGCCACCUUCUCCUUCGCCACCACUACCUCCCAAGCCCCCGCUGCCGCCCUCACCUCCUAAGCCCCCUAGCCCCUCCCCGCCCAGCCCCUCGCCACCGAGCCCCAAGCCGCCCAGCCCCAAGCCGCCCAGCCCCUCCCCUCCUAGCCCCAAGCCGCCGAACCCACCGCUGCCUCCCUCGCCGGGGCCAAAGCCGCCGUCGCCGCCGUUGCCGCCGUCGCCUCCCGCGCCUCCCCCAGCACCGCCCCGGCCGCCCCGGCCGCCGCCGGCACCCAAGCCGCCCCGCCCGCCUGCGCCCAGGCCGCCAUCACCGCAGCCCACACCACCGAUCAUGUCACCGCCCCCUCCGCCCUCGCCCCCUCCGGCGCCCCGACCGCCUCCGGCCCCGACGCCGACAGCACCCGGGGUUCCCAAUCCGCCGACGCCCCCGCCCAGGCCUCCAUCACCACCAUCGCCGCCCCCGAAACCCCCCACUCCUUCGCCUCCCCCUGCGCCGCCUCCACGCCCUCCGUCGCCUCCCCCUCCGCCUCCUUCGCCCCCUCCUCCUCCGUCGCCGUCUCCGCCGCCUCCCCCGCCUCCGUCCAAUGCUACCUCUGACGUCAUCCCUUGCCGCACCUGCUCUCCCAUCUUUGGUGAGACGGCGGGUUCCAACUCGCCCUUCGCCAACACCUCUCGGCCCGGCGCGCUGCGCUGCCCCCAGGGCCAUUUGCUGACACAGCUGUUUCAGCCCGUCGUGAUCAACCAGCUUCUUGCACAGCAGGUGUGCUGCACCAACUUUUCGCAACCCAUCACCGGUCUCGGAGGUGUGUGCGGCCCGCUGGCACCAUCCGCACCCGGCGCAGAUGACACCAUGCGCGCCGGUCUGCCCGCCACGCCCAGUCAGCCGUUGUCCGCAACCACCCCCUUCCUCACCACGGUCGUGAACGGUUCCACCUGCUCGGGCGGCAUCGCGCAAGUGACAGGCUUGUUUCUGUCCUUCCGCCCGCCGUCCCCCGGGGUGGGCACGCCCUCCUACAUUAUGGGCCUCACUGCUCGGUGCCGCAACGUAGCCACGCCGCUGCCGCUGCCCGCUCCGGCCUCCAUUUUCCAGCGGCCGUUCAGCUACACCUGCCCGCCCGGCACUGUCCUGUCAGAGGUGCUGUGGAACAUGCAGGACUGGCCCGCCCAACCCGGUACCGCCCGCUCGCAGCCUGUCGGUGUCAUCGCAAACAUUGUCUUCAAGUGCUCAAACGCGGCCUUCCCCACCCCUGCGACGCCCAUGCCCUCGCCGGUUCCGUUCACCCAAGUGGAAUCCAGCAACAUGGCCCUUGUUUCAAUCAACUGCCCGGCGGGCUCCUACGUCACAUCGGUCUACGGCUCGUACGACUUGUCGCCGGCCAACAUGGGCGGCGUGGCGUUCGUGCGCCAGGUCGGCAUCACGUGCAGCGGUGCCACCACCAUCACGCGCGAGAUCACAACGAGCCUGGGCGCCACGGCUUCCGCGACGCCUUUCACCUCGGCCGUCUGCCCCGGCGGCGUGGGUGCUCUCACUGCCCGUGCGCUGCCCGCGCCUGGCGCUCCCACCACCUCGCCACCGGCGCUGCUGUCGCUGGACGCGCACUGCUACGACACGCAGGCUCACACGCGUCGGCUAAGCUUCCUGCCACCGUCACUGCCGCCCUCGAUCUCCGGCAGCGUGUUUGAGCUGACAGAUCGCUGCAUGGGCCUGACGCUUGUGUCGGGUGUGACCAUGCUCCGCUCGAUGUUCAGUGCCACGCCUGCCCUCAUUACGGUUGGCAUCCCGGCUGCAUCCUUCCUGCACGGCUUCAAGCUCUCCUGCACGGACGUGCCGGAGCCCAGCGCACCGGCCCUACCCGUGUCGGCCCAACUGCCGCCCAACCAGCUGCCGACAGCGCCCGCUGUGGCCUUCAAGUACGAGUGCCCGGCUGGGUCCAAGGUGGUGUCGGUGCUGUCGCGUGUGGAUGCGGAUGAGGACCUGCUCAACCUGCGCAUUGAGUGCGACAACGCGCCUCUUGGUGAUGCUGAGCCACUCGCAGCUGUGGCGGCCCGCCUGACGCCCUUCUUUGCGCCGCCCGUGGUCUUUACCGCCAACUGCUCGAACUGCACCACCGCGGCCAACAUCAGCAGCAUGGGCUUGGGCCAGCGGCGCUACAUCAGCCCGGAUGUGGCUAUCGCCGCGCCGCGCAGUUCCUACGUUAUUGAGCGCACAUGCCCGCUGGGCGUGGCCGGUGUCGUGAACUCCGCCACGACCAGUCGCCUUGCCCCCGAGCUGGGUGGCCUGGCUCGCCCUGUGUCCACUGCUGACAUGCCCAACGCUCCCACCGGCUCGCAAGUUGCGCUGUUCGAUGUGCUGUUGGACUGGAGCAACGCUGCUGCGUUUUGCACGGCCCAAGGAGGCGCGCUCAUGACCUUCGAGGACGAGCUGCAGCGUGUCGUGGCAAGCUCCGUGGUGGCCAAAUGGGCUGCCGAGAACACAGGGGACUUCCUGAUGGGCGUCUGGAUCGCCGCACGGCGCAGCGGCAACGGGCUGUACGACUUCUCCUACCUGGACGGAACCUCCAUGGCCAACUACGUGCCACCGUGGGCGCGAGGAGAGCCCAACGACAUGUCGGGCGUUGAGGACUGCGUGGAGCUGGUCAUCGACGUUACGGCCGUGCAGCAGGCCAGCUGGAACGACCGCGUGUGCACCGGCCUCGUGCGCCGCCCGCUUUGCAAGCUGCUGCCCAAGGCCGCCUUUGACGGCGUGGCCACCGCCGAUGCGGCGCCACCUAACGUUCAGAUUGCGGCCACCAACAAUGACGAGCUCAGCUUUUACAACAUCAGCGUGACCUGGUCGGAGGCAGCAACCUUCUGCCAGCGGCGUGGCGGUGACCUCAUCAGCUUCCGUGACCAGGAUGAGAUCAGGCGCUUCGGUGCUGCGAUGAGCGAUUGGACGAGGUUCAUCUACACAGGCCGACCCAGCCCUUUGCAAGUCCGGACCUGGACCGGCCUUCGCCGGCAGGUUCCAGCCUCCGGCACGCCCGCCGAGGCGUUGCGUGUGGCCACGGCCACGUUCCAAUAUCAGAACCGCGAGUUUCUUUUCAUCCCCAACAUGGCCGUCCCCGAGGAUGCCAGCGCCGCCUGCCGCGGCUUCGGCGGCGAGCUGGCGAGCUUCCUCUCGCUGGUGGAGUACAACACGGUUUUCGGACAGUUCCUGUCCACAAUUAUUGCGUACGGCAUCACCUCAACGGCGUCGACCGUGACCUCCCACAUUGGCCUCAUACGCAACAACUUUGGGACAUUCAACUGGCGCGACGGCAACACCUGGACUGGCUUCACGGCUGUGCAGGCGCCCCAAAACCUGCCGUCGCUGUGCGGCGUGGUGCUUACCCGCUGCACAGCCGGCAAUGCCACCGCUGGCUUCUCUGGCUGCUCAUGGGCCAUCUCCACCACCAGCUGCAGCUUCCAGACCAACAAUGGCUUCUACCCGUCAUCCAACUCUUACAUUUGCAGCAGGAACACACCGGCCGCAGCGAGCAUCGUGUCCGGCUCUCGUCAGUACCUUGCUUUUGCGGAGCGCCGCACCUGGCCCGACGCCGCCGUGGCUUGCACCUCCAUUGGCGCUCGCCUGGCUGCCUUCCACCGGCCCGAGGACUACACCGCGUUCCAGACCGCCGCCAGCAGGUCCCAAGCCUUCCUGUCCGCAACGGGCAUCACCAAUAUCACUGCUGGAUUUGCUCACAUCGGCAUGUCGCACAACGCCGCUGGCCUGUACACGUGGAGCGAUGGCCGGCCUCUGCUGUACAGCGUGUGGGCUGCAGGCAUGCCGGAUGUCCUGUCUGCAAACACCAACUGCUCCGCCUUCACUGUGUCCUGCACCAACACCACUGGCCUUUGGGGCAGCUGUUCCUCACCGCAGCUGCGGGAUGUGGCGUGCAACACCCCAGCGCCCUACGUCUGUAGCUACGAUUUCGAUGACGAGUGGGCCUAUUCGGACAGCACGCCGCUGGUGUAUGGCAGGGACACGCCGGCCGGCCUGGGCCAGCCCGCUGCCACAUUUGCCGGCAACUACCAGUGGGACCGCGUUCUCAAUGCAGCUGUCUGCACCAAUGCGAACGCCAGCCUCGACUACACGGGUACAGCAAUCAUGUCUUUCUCCACUCCAGACACGUACAAGUGCUGCAGCGCUUGCUCAGCGACGCCGGGCUGUGCCUGGUGGACACACGUGAACAACACAUUUGUUUGCACGCUGAAACGGGGCAACGGCGCCGCCGUGACAUCUGUUAAUGCCAACAUGUGGUCUGGGGCCUCCGGCCGCCCUGCUCCAAGCUUGGCUAACGCCACUGCUCUUCUGGACGACAGUGGGCUCAACUGUGUGUACCUGACGCAGCAGAUGUCGGGCGGCAGCACCUACCAGAUGCCGCCGCUGCAGUGCCAGCAACGCAUGGGAGUUGCCUGCAGACGCUCCAGCGCCAGGGAAGCAGUGCCAGAGGACGAACGCCGCGCCAUCACCAACUACGUCCAGCCCAUGGGCCGUGUGUUCACCAACCGUGGCGAGUCGGAGCUGUCGCUUUACGGCACGUUCCAAGACUUCCCGUCCGCCCAGAAGCUCUGUGAGCUGCGUGGCGGCACUCUGGUGGAGCCUGUGAAUAUGGAAUGGCAGGACGCAGUGUUCCGGCUGGGCACAGACGUGAUUUACCGCGGCGCUUCUAACAUCAUCAUCGAGUACCUUGUUGGCCUGUCUGAGCGCGCUCAGGAAGGGCAGUAUGUGUUCAACUCGGGAACCCGAUUACUCACCCCUUUCUGGUCUGCUGGCCAGCCAGCAAACUUGUCUAACCCUCUAUAUGUGGAGGAUCAAGAUUGUGCGCGCGCGCGGCAUAGCGUGAACUCCAACCCUAAUUCUACGUGGAUUUCGUGGUACUGCCGGUUUGCGCCAUCAAACGCAAUGUGCCAGCGCCCAGCAAUCCUCACCCCCGAGUAUGCUACCAUCCGGAGUAUGGCACCUGCGGCCCAGACUGUUGUGGGCCGCGCACAUUUCAUGUUCUACCCCCGCCUCAUGGACUGGUACCAGGCCAAGACCCUGUGCGAAGCCAAUGGUGGUGACCUCGCUUACUUUGACAGCGCCCAGCAGUACGAGGAGGUUAUGGACGCACUGCUGCAGUGGUUGCGCACCCGACCCUUCGUCUCGCGCAGCAUCCCCGCCAACCGUGCCGCCGUCGGCACCUGGCUGGGUCUCAACAACCGCCUCAAUAUGAACAACUGGCGGUGGUCGGCUCGCCCGUACGUGCUUGCGAGCGCAACGAACCCUUCCUGGUUUGCCCGCCGUUGGAACGGUGCAAAUAUCACUGUUGGAGGCCGUCUGGGUCGCGCGUAUGACAACCCAGCUAUGGGGCUCGCAUCACCCGGCAUCGACACGCCGUUCACUUUGUGCCCGAACAUCACGGACUCGGAUGCCUUUGUCAUUGGGUUCCGGGCCCAGGUCGACGGCCGCAGCACCUCCAGCACCAGCGCGGCUCCCAAUACAACCCACAACCUGUUGGGGCUCAUGGGUCUUCGAAUGCGAUGUGAAGUCAUUGACCCCGACUUGAACUCGUUUGCAAUGCCCGAGACUGCGGUUAACAGCAUCAACAACGUGCCGGGCGUGGGCGCAUGGGGCGCCACUGAGUUUACUUGCCCGUCGUGGUCUCCAGCAUCCAAAAUCUACAUGGUUGGCAUUCAGCUGCGGGCUGCGCCGCGUCGCGACCAACCAAUUAUGCAGCAGGUCAAGAACUGCAUUCCGUCAGGCUCUAACCCCUGCGCCACCUACACCAUCAGCUGGCAGGCCACCAACACAACCUGGGGCGAUGACGUCGGAAUCACCUCCAUGCGUGGCAUCUGCACGAAUACGGUGUCAAGUCCAAGCUCCUGGGCCGAGAUCGUCAACCCCGCGCCAGCCGCUGACGCGGUGUGGCUGCCUGCAAUUACAUGCGCCACGGGCUACGCAAUUUGCGGCAUAAGCACCCGCGUCGACUACGCUGGCGCAAACUACACAGUGCGCGCCGCAAAUACCAGUUCCAAUGACGACUCAGGUAUCUCCGGUAUCACACUCAAGUGCUGCCCACUACCGAACCCCUUCAAUACCGCCGUCAUGGGCUUUGAGUGCGUCGAGGCGCGCGUCUUCGGGAACAAUGGCACCAACACCUGGAUCCAGCGGCCCUGCGCCUCGCGCAACUCUCUGAUCAGCAGCAGCAACGUCCUUUGCCGCCGCGAGCUUCCGGACUAUAACGCAAAUGCGGCACUCAACGUGCAGAACACCACCGCUUCAGUCCGGGCCGCGGACACGCAGACAGCGUCAAUCCCCACGCUUCCCGACCCGUUGCUGCAGCAGGUGGCGCAGAGCGUUGAGCCUCUGGGUACGGAGCGGGUGCUUUAUGCAGGCAGUACCCGGGCAAACCGGAACAUCAUUACGCAGAAGUAUGAGGUACUGCUGUACGACCUGGUAAUGCCCUGGGGCCCCGCCGUUUCGUUCUGCAAGGCCAACAACGCGGAGCUGAUGGCGAUUGACGACCAGAACACCGCCAAUGCUGUGACCCGCCUGGUGGCACGUGUCAUGCCAGCCGCCGCCUUUGCCUAUUUCAAUACUACUUCGCUGCAGUUCUGGUUGGGCGCCUCCAACCGUGGUGGCAACACCGCGUGGACUUGGAGCACAGGCGGCUCCGUGACCUACUAUGAGUGGUCGACUGGGGCAGCGCAGCCACAGCGGCCCUCGUGCGCGAAGUUGACCUACACUAUCAACAGCCAGUCCGGUGCGGCCUACGUCAAGAGCGGGUGGGGUGCCGAGCCGUGUGGCUCCCACAUGCUGGUGCUGUGCCGACGCACCACCACCAGUGGGUCCGGCCGCAGCCGUGCCGCGCCCACCAACACCAAGGCACCUGCGGCCUCGCUGACCAUCCGCGACGUGCGCACCACGUUGUUCCGCGAGGCCGUGACCUGGGACCAGGCCAAGGACUACUGCCAGCGCAGGACGGGCGUUCUCGCCAGCAUCAACUCCGCCAACGAGGGCGACGUCAUCGCCACCAUGGUUCGCGAGUGGGCCCGCACCUCCACUGCCGGCGAGGUCAAGGUCUGGCUGGGCGGCUCGUGGCACCCCGACGCAAUGCGCUAUGCGUGGGAGGACGAGAUGUCAUUCGACUACGUGCGUGGCGGGGGCUCCCUGUCCGCACCCGAGCGCCCCACGCAGGGCUGCCUAUCCUGGCGGCUGAGGCCCGACGGCACGGACGUGUGGCAAGCUGACGACUGUGCCGAAUACGCCCUGCCGCUGUGUCAAUCGGAGCUGCAACCAUUCAUUUGCAAUACCGGACCCAACUCCACACGCCCUAUCGACUCAAACCCCAACGACGCAAAGGCAAAGGUCUUCUGCCCGCCGGGCACCGUUCUGACGGGUAUUACCGGAAGCAUCUCCAACGCCUCACUGUCCGGCGCUAGCCUGACCCUUGCGGACGGGCUCCAGUUUUCAGGCAUCUGCGGCAACCCCGCCGCCCCCGCCGUGCUGUCGACUCGCGACAACCAGGAGCUUCCCAUGUGCCGCUACCGUUGGUCUCUGCCUCGCAUCGAAGGGCCCGAUGUUUUCAUCGAUGGCACGAACGCAACCACCGCUCUGGACAGCUGCUUCCGCAUGUGCUCUGUGGGCGACGCGCCGCUGCAGCAAGUGUUCCGCACGCCCAUGCUAGCGGUUCUGUACCAGGUCAACGGUGUGUUCUCGUGCCGCUGCGGCCGCGCCCUAGUCGGCAGGCAACUGCUCAACGACGACGCAAUCAAAGUCGCGGAGGCAACCGGUGCCGCCAACUUCAUCUAUGGGCGUUCAUACGAUAUCUAUGCCAUCUGCACAAUUUCGGAGGAGUUGAUGACGGCAGGCUACUUCAAGCAGAUCAGCUUCCAACUUACCCUGUCGGAUAUCAGCGCGCCACCAAAGCUUACGUCCCUGGUGCGCGGGGCCAAGUACCGAGUCUUCACGAUCCCGCAAGCUGUGGACUGGAACGCUGCCCAGCGCAUUUGCAUGCUGAACGGAGGCCACCUGGCUACUCUGGAGAGCACCACCGACAUUGAGGACCUAGUCAAGCUGCUGCGUGAGAACACCAAUGUGGCAGUAGACUUCCCUCGCGGCAGUGGCGUUUGGCUGGGACUGUACGCUGCGCAGAACAACAUGUAUCGCUGGGUGGACGGCACGCCCCUGCGUUACCCGCUGGGCCCUGUGCUGGAGGACUGGGGCUAUGCACCUGCCAAUUGCGGUUUCCUGGACCUAUGGCUCAACUCCACACGCGACCGCCGGAUCAUCACCGGCGACGUGCGCGCCGGCUCCUGUGAUAACAUCAACGCCUUCGUGUGCGAGACAAGUACCAUGGUGGAUGACAGCUUGUCAGACAUCACGCCUGGCAUUGUGCGCACAUACGACACGUUCGGCCAAGGAACGCGCGGCUGGGGGAAGUGGGAACUCAAGCACUUCGCCGCGCAUCGUGUCACCUGGCACGAUGCAUCGCGCAUCUGCCGUUACAAUAACAUGGACCUGCUGUGGUUCUUCAGUCCCUCCGAGGAAGAUUUCGUGCGCACCCAGAUGCUCGCGCCCGCCGGGUCCCUGACACCAAGUACCUCGUGGCUGGGCGCCACGCCUGGCCCCGAUGGCCGCAUCUCGUGGCGCACUCGUGCGGAGUCGGCAUCAGCCCUGCGCAGCUCCAUCUGGUCCCUUCCGGCCAUCUGGAAUGCUAGCGCGGCGCAAUACCUAGCUGAGAAUGACUACGGACAGCUGUGCGGCCUCCUCGAUCCCCGCGCACGACUCUCAAACCCUGCUCGUGGCAGUUUCCUCCUGGCGCACUGCUCACAGCAGGCACACCCCUUCGUUUGCAAGAGCCGCGUUAUCCCAUGGCGCGACCUGCCAUUGAAGAACCAAGUUCAACCCUCGCCCCCGCCACCGCCCGCGUCGCCACCGCCGCCUCCUGGCAUUGGCAACGUGCUGCUGCGCGUGGACCGACCCGCAGCCCAGUACGUCCUGCUGGAUCAGGUCACAAGCCGCGCCGAGGCCUUGCGCAUGUGCCGUGCAUACAAUGGCCGCCUCCCUGAGUUCACGAGCCUGUCCGAGUAUGACCUUGUUAGCGAGAAUGUCCGUCGCUACUGGACUGGCAAGACGUCCGAGUCGUUCGUGUCAUAUUGGUUGGGGGGGUCAAAGAAGGUGGUCGGCAACACCACCAGCUGGCUUUACGACUCUGGCAACGUGGCGUCCCCCACCGCCUGGGGUCUGGAUGAGCCAAACAAUUACGGCGGUAACGAGAAUUGCAUACAUGUCAUCAUCUAUCUAGUGGACACACCCACCGGCGCUUCUAGAUAUGGAGCCGUUGGGGACAAGCGCAACGAGAGGACGUACUGGAAUGACGUCAAAUGCGAUGCAGGACUGCCAGUGUUCUGUCAGCUUUCACCGCGGACUGGCGGCCCACUCACACCGCCUGCCUCUGACCUGGCUGCCAUUGAGUACGUGGGCACCCUGAACGGCAUCCGUUACGUCAUGUACAACCAGCUGCUUGGCUGGACCGAUGCCAAGGCAUACUGCGAGGCCAACGGCCAGGUUCUGGCAGAUUUCAUCGCCCAGGAUGAACUGGACGGCGUUGUGCGGGGUGUGUUCCACUACGUGUACUCUUUGCCUCAGUUCCAGGACACACUCCUAUCCCUGUGGACCGGCUACAACAGUUUCACUUCCGACUUCCGCGGCAACAGCAUCCUCACUGCCAACGGUUUUGCAGGUCCGUCCUGAGUUUGGUGGCCCUUUGGUGGAGUUUAAUCUAUGUGACAGCGACGUGACCGUGAGAUAAACGAAAAUAUCU